CUCUUUGUCGACGCUACGCUCUCUUCAACACCAUCCACAUUCUGCAGCUGAGACCAGCUCGACACGUCAAUAUGCGGUCUCGGCUUCUUCGCGCCACCGCGCGCUCCAGGAAGCCGCUGACCUCCUCGGCGACACGAUCCUUCGCCUCCUCAGCACGACGGCCCGCCGAAGUCGAACUUACAAUCGAUGGGAAGAAAGUGUCAAUAGAAGCUGGCUCGGCUUUGAUCCAAGCUUGCGAGAAGGCUGGCGUUACAAUCCCCAGAUUUUGUUACCAUGAAAAACUCCUCAUCGCCGGUAACUGUCGUAUGUGCCUUGUCGAAGUCGAACGAGUACCCAAGCCCGUGGCAUCCUGCGCUUGGCCUGUCCAACCCGGUAUGGUCGUCAAGACCAACUCGCCCAUGACACAUAAAGCAAGAGAAGGUAUAAUGGAAUUCCUGCUCGCCAACCAUCCUCUUGAUUGUCCCAUAUGCGACCAAGGUGGCCAAUGCGAUUUACAAGAUCAGUCGAUGAGAUAUGGCGCCGACCGGGGUCGGUUCCACGAAGUCACAGGCAAGCGUGCGGUUGAAGAUAAGAAUAUUGGACCUUUGAUCAAGACUUCAAUGAACAGAUGUAUUCACUGCACGCGCUGCAUUCGAUUUGCCAAUGAGAUUGCUGGAGCACCAGAACUGGGAUCUACAGGAAGAGGCAAUGGAAUGGAAAUCGGCACAUACCUCGAGAGAAACCUGGACACUGAAUUGUCCGGCAAUGUGGCAGACCUGUGCCCAGUCGGGGCGCUUCUGCCGAAGCCUGGUGCAUUCAGCUACAGACCCUGGGAACUCAUCAAGUUCGAGUCGAUCGACGUACUGAACGCAAUGGGCUCGAAUAUCAGAGUCGAUGCCAGGGGGUUGGAAGUCAAGAGAAUUAUACCCAGAUUAAACGACGACAUCAACGAGGAAUGGAUCGAUGACAAGCAGAGAUUCGCUCUUGAUGGUCUCAAAACGCAGAGACUAACAACGCCUUUGAUUCGAAGGGACGACAAGUUCCUGCCAGCUACGUGGGAACAAGCUCUCACGGAGAUUGGCAAUGCGUACCAUAAACUCAAGCCAGCCGAGAACGAGUUCAAAGCUAUUGCCGGUCACCUCACGGAAGUUGAAUCACUGGUCGCCAUGAAAGAUCUUGCCAACAGACUGAAUUCCGAGAAUCUCGCCCUUGAUCAACCUCGUGGUGGCGAGCCCAUCACUCACGGCAUUGAUGUCCGGGCCAAUUACCUCUUCAACUCCAAGAUAUUCGGUGUCGAAGACGCAGACUGCAUGCUCAUCAUUGGUAGCAAUCCUAGAUGGGAAGCUGCUGUUCUCAAUGCCAGGAUUCGAAAGCAAUGGAUGCGGUCGCCACUCGACAUCGCCUAUAUUGGCGAGGACUUCAAGAGCACGUUCAAGUAUGACAACCUGGGUACCGACGCUGCUGCCGUGAAGAAAGCUCUGUCUGGCGAAUUCGGCAAAAAGCUGUCGUCUGCGAAGAAGCCUAUGAUCAUCGUAGGUAGCGCCGUCGCAGAACACCCUGAUGCGGCCUCGAUCUUCGAGACUGUCGGCGCUUUUGUGGACAAGAACCAGGCGAACUUCAACACUCCUGAAUGGCAAGGUUAUAACGUCCUCCAGCGUGCGGCUUCACGAGCUGGUGCAUAUGAAGUUGGGUUCACCACGCCAUCGCAAAAGGUCGCAGAGACCAAGCCAAAGAUGGUCUGGCUGCUUGGUGCGGACGAAAUCUCGGAAGCUGAUAUCCCCAAAGAUGCUUUCGUGGUCUACCAAGGCCACCACGGCGAGACUGGUGCGCAAUUGGCUGAUGUCGUUCUGCCUGCCGCCGCGUAUACCGAGAAGUCGGGCACGUAUGUCAACACGGAAGGUCGUGUGCAACUUACCCGCGCUGCUGUUACACUCCCGGGUGCCGCCAGAACAGAUUGGAAGAUCAUUCGGGCGGCUUCGGAGUUCCUCGGUGUUCCGCUGCCCUAUGACGAUCUGGAAGUCCUGCGAGACCGCAUGGAAGAAGUCAGUCCAACACUCAGACGGUAUGACCAUCUUGAACAGAGCGCUUUGUCAAGUUUGAGUAAAGUCCAGUUGGUGGACGCUCAUAAGGGGGCAAAAGCCACGGGCGAACCGCUGAAAAAUCCGAUCAAGGACUUUUAUCAGACAGACGUUAUUUCACGAAGUUCACCCACCAUGGCCCGAUGCUCCGCUGUCAAGCAAACUGGUGACCCGCACACGAACUACCUCGCGCCCGGUGAGCCAGAUCCGCAGGUCUCAUAUGGUGGUUAGACGCUGGGCGGAUUGGAUGAAUAUUGGGCAUGAUGACGAUCAGUCGGCGUGGUGUACAGAAGCGGCCUGUUGCGCCUAGGGAGCAGCGAAGAAGUGCAAACAAAGUACCUCGGACAGACGGGGUGUUUCGCCUAACCUAGACUAUGGACAAGACAAAAAAUAAGAGCGCUCUCAUGUUCGCGCUCGAAACAUACUAUGUGUAUAGCGAUUGUGGUUUGGGCCAGGAGAAAGAAAGGCGUCGACGUACUUACUUGUCAGUUCCCUGAGCCCCAAGCCUCGUGCGUUGCAAUCGGGAAAGACACAACAUACCUUGAACUUGGUGAAGAAUAUGUAUAGUCAUGGUGGCCAUCAAACAUCUUCAAUCCGCAAUUUUCCAAAGUAAAUUCCCAUUAUGGUGGCCACAGGUCAAGCCCAUUAUGUCCCUUACAUACAGGUAGGUACCUAAACUGUAACUGUAAACGC